GUGUGGCACGGUUUUUUUGUUUUUUUUUUCAAAAAUACAUCUAAAUGUAACAAAACGUUUAAAAAUACCCGUCUUAGAAGGUACGGAAUUCUAGAGUUCUCUGAUGAAUAAAGCAUCUAUCAAGCAGCACAUCCAGGCGUCCACUUCCUGGAUACCAACCAAGGGUCAAGUGGUUGACUUUUCCACCCUGCUGCUUUAUUUGCAGUAUUGCAGCGUCCAAGCAGUGACAGGUGCAUCUGUGCCUGACAGACACACACACACACACACGCACACACACACUGCAGCCGGAUUUGCUCCCGCCAUCAUGAACUCCUGGGUCGUUGCGGUCACAUCCGUCCCGCUGCUUCCCGCCGUGGUGGUGGCGUUCACGCAUCAUAGUCACACCGUGGCCAAGCGGUGCUGUGACGGUGUGGCCUGGAUGCUGCGUCUGCUGCGGGGAAAUGUGUGCCCCCGGAGCACGCAUGCCUUCGUCUUCUCUCAGUGCACCCACGGCAAGGCCGAGAGCGUGCUGGAGGCUUUUGACCUCUACGCCGACACGCACCCAUCCGCCUCCAUCGGCCCAAGGAUGGGCGAGGCCUUGGACGAGGUCGUCCGGCGUGUUCGCCCGACUCGUGUUCUGGAACUGGGCACGCACUGCGGCUACAGCGCCGUGAGCCUGUUGCGACUGCUGCCCCCGGCUGGCAGGCUCAUCACAGUAGAGCAGGACCCUCAGGUGGCUGACCUCGGGGAGGAGAUCAUCCUGGUGGCCGGAUUCAAACAUGCUCAUUUCCAGGUGUUGACGGGCAAGUCCUGUGAAGUCAUCCCCCAACUGCACUCUUACCUGGAACCCACACAAGAAACCGGUGGAGGCUUCGACCUGGUGCUUAUGGACCAUGACCCCAGCCUGUAUCUGCUCGACCUGCUGGCUCUGGAGAGAGAGGAGCUGCUCUGUCCGUCCGGCUGCUCCGUGGUCGUGAUCUUCAGGAACCACAGGGACAAAAGCCUGGAGGAACUGAAAGAACUGGUCCGUAACAGACAGGAUUGUUACCGCAUCAAGUCACAGCUUGAUGGGAUGAUGGAGAUCUUCUUUGAGAUGCAAAGCACCAAGGCGGGCUCCAGUAAUAUGACACAUUGAUCAUAUACAGUACAUUAGUGUGAUUUGUGGCCCAUGCUUGUUUUUUUUUUUUUGGC